AUGGCAACCAGCGCGCAACCUGGGCAGCUCGGCCUGGCGGGAAGCGCGGGAGCUGAGGCGCUGGCGACAAGCGGGACUGCGAGUACGGAGGGCCCCGAGCGGCCCGGGCCGCUUCAGGACGAGACCCUGCGCGUGGCGUCCGUGCCCUCGCAGUGGAGGGGCGUCCAGGGCAUCCGCGGGGAGACGAAAAGUUGCCAGACGGCCAGCAUUACCACCGCUGAAGCGUCCGUGCAGGCCCGGAAGCAUGUGGAUGCUGAGGUGCAGACCGAGAUCCCCGAGCCGGUCAGCCUGCCGUCUGUGCCUCGGUACAAUGGCCCCCGGCUUGCGGCCUUUCUCCGAAAAGUGGAGGCCAUGGUUACCCGAGAGCUGAACAAGAAUUGGCAGAGCCAUGCGUUUGACGGCUUCGAGGUGAACUGGGCCGAGCAGCAGCAGACGGUGACCUGCCUACAUACCCUGAGCUACCCCCCAGCCCAAGGACAGGGUCUCCACGUGACUGGUGUCUCCUGGAACUCCACUGGCUCUGUGGUGGCCUGCGCCUAUGGCCGGCUGGAUGACGGGGACUGGAGCACGCUGAGGUCCUUCGUGUGCGCCUGGAACUUGAACCGGCGAGGCCUGAGCCCCCAGCAGCCGUCGGCGGUGGUGGAGGUGCCCAGUGCCGCCAUGUGCCUGGCCUUCCACCCCACGCGGCCGUCUCACGUGGCAGGUGGACUGUACAGUGGCGAGGUGCUGGUGUGGGACAUGAGCCGCCCCGAGGACCCACUGCUCUGGCGCACGGGCCUGACGGAUGACACGCACACGGACCCCGUGUACCAGGUGGUCUGGCUCCCGGAGCCCCGGCACAGCCACCGCUUCCAGGUGCUGAGUGUGGCCGCUGACGGGAAGGUGCUGCUCUGGCAGGGGGUCGGGGCUGGCCGGCUGCAGCUGAGCGCGGGCUUCGCCCUGGCCGUACAGCAGCUCCCCAGGAACACGAAGCUGAAGAAGCCUUCCCGUGGGGAGACUGAGGUGGGCGCCACGGCGGUGGCUUUCUCCAGCUUCGACCCCAGCCUUUUCGUGCUGGGCACAGAAGGCGGCUUCCCGCUCAAGUGCUCCCUGACGGCAGAGGACGCUGCUGUCACGCGGAUGCCCAGCUCUGUGCCCCUGCGGGCCCCGGCGCAGUUCACCUUCGCCCCCCACGGUGGCCCCGUCUACUCUGUGAGCUGCUCCCCCUUCCACAGGAAUCUCUUCCUGAGCGCAGGGACGGACGGCCACGUCCACCUGUACUCCAUGCUGCAGGCCCAGCCCCUGACCUCUCUGCAGCUCUCCCACAAGUACCUGUUUGCUGUGCGCUGGUCCCCAGUGCGCCCCCUGGUGUUUGCGGCUGCUUCUGGGGAAGGUGAUGUGCAGCUGUUUGAUCUGCAGAAAAGCUCCCAGAAGCCCGCGGUUUCAUUCAGGCAAACCGAGGACGAAAGCCCUGUCUACUGUCUUGAAUUCAACUGCCAGCAGACUCAACUCCUGGCUGCUGGUGAUGCCAAGGGUACGGUAAAGGUGUGGCAGCUGAGCAGUGAGUUCACUGAACAGGGAGCCCGGGAGACAGAGCACCUGGACCAGCUGGCCUCGGAGGUGGCCAGUUGAGGUCAGGGAGGCUACCUCUGGGCUGUGUGUUUUUGAUGGAAGCUGAAUGAA